AUGUCGAAUCUAAUUUCUUCCUGUGAUAUCAAGGACGUGGCGCCACCUAAGGUCUUCAGUCUCGUUUGGUCAACCACUAUGGAUAUGUUUCGCUCUCGUAUUUUCUAUGGAUACCUCUCCUUCCUGAUCUCGACCUGGGCUCUCUCGUCGGCGUUGUUCCUCUUCUUCUCCCUGGCCAAUGAAAUGGCGGUUUCUUGGAUAUACUUCCGCAAAGACCGGUCCUAUGCAGCCGUCACUAUUCAGACGGAGAAUCCGGACCCCUCGUCUAUGAAAGGACGCAACUCACAGCAUGCUCAAACUGAAGAACUAGACCCUAGGACGCACGCUAUGGCUGCCACUCAAACGGACCUCUUGCUUGACAAAGACUCAGCAUCCGACGCUCUCCAACAAAAGACUUACGCCUCUUUCGGUGCCCAGACGUCGACAGAACGCCUGACGGGCAGCACUGUCGCCAAAUCGGAGCCUUCUUCUAGCGACAGAGCCCCUGCUUUCUCCAGUCUGUCCACGGCGCAACAACCGGUUUACACUCUGCGUGGCAUGGUCCAUGAUAACAUCGGUGCAUUGAGAGAGAAGACAAGCCAAGUCGUCAAUGCAGCAGAAACGCCCGGCAAACUGCCUAAAGCCGUCAAACAACUUCACUCUAGACAGACCGUCCUGAGCGGCUUUCCCACCGCUGCUUCCACGCAACUUUACGGCGUGAUUACCCCUCCUUCCACACCUGAGAUUUCUCACCUACCACUGGCUGCCAGAAUCGGCGCUAGGAUGGAUCUCGAUUCGCCCGAAGUCAUCAAAAAGCGCCACAGACUCCAUCCAAAGCAGGCUCAACAAGAUGCGAGGGACAGGGAGGAAGUGGCGCAGUUCCUUUUAGAUGACAACUGA